AUGGCUCGCGAAGGCACUCGAUCCCAGACGGGCAACUCGCGCCCCCGCAUUUUCCACACGGUUGAGACUGGGCCCACCAUCACUCGCAAGAGGCGCCUUAAUCCGCUGGCCCCCAAGCCUCAGACCAAGGGCGCUGCAAAGGCGACCAAGAAGAAGACUGUGGGUGGGACCGAGUCUACCGCCGACAAAGUCAAGGCCGCCCUCGGCGUUGGGACGAAGAGCGAAGGAAAGAAGCCCAAGGGAGUGACAAAGUCUAAGUCCGCCAGCACCGGCAAUGGCGGUGUCAAGAAGGCUGUCCAGAAGGUCAAGGCGUUGACACAGCGGCCUGCCGACGCUAAAGCGUAG